CUUCCAGCUGACAAGUUACCCAUAUUUUUAAUUCAUAAAUCCAAAAUUCAGCCCAAAUGUUUGAAAUUGAAUCAACGAAGACUUUGCCGCCACUUCCGCCAAAAUGUCCUUGCCAUCAACCAGAUCACAAGGACUGCGGGGAGAGUAACAGGGAGCUGCAGGCGGAAUACCACCUUCUGGACAUUGCGGAUGUCACGGACAGCGUAAUGAAGGUAAUGAGGAUCUGCGGUCUCCGUCCCUGGGAGGUCAAGCGAGCCGCUGGGGUCAUCAAGAGAUCUCUGCAGCACUACGAAGAGAUCGUCCAGAGGAUCGACCGAGUGCCCCGAAAACGAUUCGCCAAAGAGAGUUUCCUGCACGGGUUAGCUCACGAGGCGCAGAUGUCCCGAAUGGAUGCCCAGAUGGCUUACUCUAUUGUUAAAAGAGCAUUCAAGGCCUUUUACUUUGGCACCGGAAUAGAGGGGCGUCGCUACAUUUGCCUGGCGGACAAGAUGAGCCACGAGAUGGAGUGCCUCUGGUUGCACGCCGCUCGCCGCACGGCGCAGAUCCACGCCGCCUUGGCUGGACUCAUGUACUCCGAGGAGCUGCAGUUCGAGGAACGGAUCGAGUGUGUCUACAAAAACCUAUUCGAUGUCCUGAAGAAGCGAAUCCUCUGGGCGGAUAACGUGACCUGUACGUGUGGACAGCAUAUGGCCCCCAUGUCACAGGCACCUUCCAAAACUCCUUCCUCCGCCACGGCGCAAGUGGAGGUGCUCUACGGCAGGUACAAUAUGGCCGUAAGUAGUGCUCCCUCAAAGAUUUCCACUCGAGGAGGGACGCAAAAACCAUCGGCGGCGGUUAGUACUGCCUCAUCACGACACAAUCACAUUCUGAAAAAGGCCGACCAACCUAUUUCCCAAAUGCAAACUCCACGGAAGGGCAGUAGCACCACCACUGUUAGCAAGACUAGGUGCAAUUGCCCGCACCUAAGAUGUUGCCGGGCACCUGGUGAAGCCCGGGAAUCGCCGGAGAUAACAGCGGAAUGCAGCCAGGGACCGUACAUCUGCCGUUGGUUGCUCUACACCGAGGAGGACGAUAAGUUCCCGGAGCACCGUGUGCCCUUUCCACCCAUGGAAGUGGUGUGUCCUCCAUGUCCCAAAGAUGAUCUGUCCUGCGACUCGGAAUGCACCUGCACCUGCCAAGUGUGCACUUGUCAGCCGGAGUUUGAUGACGGAGACGAUGAGGAGGAUCAGGGCGAGAAUUUAUCCAAGUUUGGAGUGGAGGACCAGGACACGGACUUUUGCUAUGUGGCUCCAUUCCGUGGAAGCAGUGUCGAAAGGAUAGCCCGACUAGAGGCAAAGGAACAGCUAUUGGAAGUGGAAGAGCAUGAGAACGAAGAGAAGGAAGAGGAGGAGGACUUCCAGUGUGGCUGCUCCUGCGAGCUAAAGCAGCAUGCCUAUCCGCACCUCUUCACCUACUUGACGCCAUUUAGGAUCAAAGAAGAGCUGGUGGACAAGUCCCAUCCAAAGGAGGAGAGGCCGCAAACGGAGGAAGAUAGUGAAAGUGAGGAUCUGCUGUCCAAGCCACCGCCUCCUGGCGUAUCCUUAGAGACCUAUAGCUGCUGGGUGAAGCCCCCAUCGAGCAGCCAUUCUAGUGAUGAGACUAAGCCACCACUCGUGGUGGUUAUGGGCGAAAAGCCCAAGAGCAAUUUUCAGGUUACGGUCAAGGAACAACAUCACUCCAAGCGAGCUUCAACUGUUCCGCCGGCAGCACCCCUACCCAAGGCUCCUGUCCUGCCAAACAAACCAGCUCCGACUCCAGCUCCCUCAAAGCCUCCACCAGUCCCUCAAAAAGCGGAGGAGGACAAGCUUACCAAGGAAGAUAUCUUGGACAUUAUAGGCUUAAGAUUUCGAUAGGGAAAUAUUAUUGAAUCUUGAGAUGGGAGCUUAACGUAUAUACAAAUAAAGUGUUCUUGUGCUGUGUCAAUGAGA